AUGUUGUCUCUGUAUCGCGCGUGGCUCGGCCCGAGUCCGUGCGUGGCUCGGCCGGCUCCUCCACCGGGUGCCCACCGGCCGGUGCCGAGGCGGGCGAAGCUCCCGUCCCCGCCCGCCUCCCCGCCGCCGCCCUCGCCCUCCUCCAGCACCUCCAGCGAGCUGGACGUCGAGCGUGUCGAGGCCCCGGAGCCUCCUAAGCGCAGCGGCGCCGUGCUGGACAUAGCGUCCUGCGACGGGCCGGUGCAGUUCAGCCGGGUGCUGAACGCCGCUUACCGCGAGCCCCCGGCGGAGCGCUGGCGGGCCCGCCGAGCUGUCAGACCUCCCCUACACUACUACCCGUGCAAGAGCUGCGGCUGCAAGUUCCCGUCCUACUACUUCGUGCACAAACACCGCAAGCGUUGUCACGCGGACGAACCCAACCCUAUGCCGGAGUCAAGACAGUCCCCGGAGCCGUCCACCUCCAGCGCCUAG